UCUAAACUUGGCACUUGUCCCUGCACACUUCACAGUUCACAAUAACGCGACUGCUGUACUAGAAAGAGCAGGUCCCCCCAAAACGAGCACAACGUAGCUCAUUGAUCCACGAUCCACUCAUCCUCAAUUGAGACUUCCAAGCCAAGUUCAAAACAACUUGGGAGUGGAAGCUCUUUGGGCGUGGAGUAUAAUAGUCCUUUCCUCCAGUUGCAACACUUUUUCUAAAUAUAUCGUACUUCGAGCUUUGAACGUGUCAUGGAUGAUCCCAAUCCCACUUUGUCUGUACUUGUUGAGCAUUGGAACUUGCAAGUGCAGAAGAACUGUCCAGUCUCAUCUCAAGAAGCCCAAACUGCGGUCAAUUUUCUGAAACAUUAUCCAAGACAGAUUGGUAUUGUCUUCAGUGCCAAGGAGACUUUUAAGGCCAAGAUCGAGCUUGGCGUUGGUCUAAUGCCUGUGUUUGAGAAAUUGCACUCAUUGUGGAGGCAUGAAAUAGAGCCAUUGGUUCAGCCUCGACAUCUGACCGAUCUCAUAAAUGAGGGAGAACAUCUCGAGGAAGUGUCUUCUGAGAAGGACGCACUUUUGUUCAAACUGGCUCUCAUAUUUCUUUAAGAGCUUCAAUCCUGGCUCCAGAUCGAACCCGUUUCAAGUAGUUUUGACCUAGUUUUGGUUCCUAGUGGUGGUGGUGGUAAGCCCGUCCAAUACCAACCUUCUGGUGGCAAUGGUGGCCUUGGUGGAAAGGUCGAGGCCAGAUAUUUCUUUGGUCUUUGUCCAACGUCAUUAACAAUCAGGGAUGAUAUGAAAGCUUGCUCGGGUUGCCUUUCCGUAAACUAUGCUAACAAAGACGCUCAAAAGAAGGAUUGGAGGCGACAUAAGGAUAUCUGCAAAGUUCUUCAACCUCUAGUGCGUCAACGCCCAGGGCAUCAUCCUUUGAGUGAGAAGCCGGAGCUGUCGGGCCAAAUCCAGGCCAUCUUGCAACAAGCUCUCAACCGUGAGCUCACCCAAUUUGAGUCUGAUAUGCUCAUUUAUCCUCGCCUGUGCAUGGUCUGCUUGGGUGGAAGACAGACCGAACUGUUCAAUUGUCCCAUUUGCCAUUGCGUUUCCUAUUGCUCACAAUCCCAUCAAGCCGAAGACCAGGAGGAGCAUGCAAAGAGCUGCGAGCUUCUCCGAGUUUGUCUGGAGGAUCAUCAGAUGGAAAUGAUUAUGGGGUGCCAUCUCACCGAUCCUAGUUGGACCCUAGGCUCCAAUUCUAAAGGAAGACAACUGGGGAGAGGUUUUCAACCGCGAGCCAUGACCAUGGUCUCUGCGACGCCAGGGUUGCCUUCAAAGAUUGAGCAAGUCUUUGAAGGGGACUUGAGGACUUAUUUGUCCUUCUCUGUCUCGUCCCAAGAUUGUGAUUCAGCGGCCGUCUUCCACUCGGAAGUCCGAUAUUUGACCUUUAAAUACACUUGCCAGCUGUCGACACUUCACGCAUUGGAGACCGCAGGGAUGCCAAAUGGACCGAUUCGAGACUAUACCAGUUUGACAUUGCACGUUGUGGGAGCUCGAUCGGCAGAAAGCUCAGAGGUGAUGAGAUGGGAAAUCUUGGCGGCCCAUUUACCCCUUCUCCAGAAUCUCACCAUUGUCUUAAUUGGACCUGAAUUGAGGGAUGAUUGUAGAUAUCUGAAACGACAAAAUGUCAAUGCAUUCAUUCUCAUCACGCGUCGGAAAUGGAACAUUUUGCACCGGCUCAACCGUCUUUUGUUCAUUCCGGUGACAUUCAUCUGCAAUCAUCCCGGCCUCGAAAUUCUCAGUUGGCCUUAUCCAAUCUCUGACUUUUGUUACACGACCGGCCACUUGAGGACACUUCGACCAGAUCUAACCAUUCGCUAUUGCUUUUUCAAAGCCACUUAUCACGACUUUGUGAAUAGCAAAGCGGCCAAAAAGGCCAAAGUGGCUUGGCCUGACGCCAUCAGUGCGUUGAAUUGUGGAUUCAUAUUCUACCAAUCAUGGGAUGCAUCUAUUCCGUCCAUGCUCCGAAGCCCGGGUGUGCCCCUCAUCUUCACGGAAUACUACCUCCAAGAUUGCCAACUAAACUUGGACAAAGUGGAUGAUUUGGUCGAGCCCGAACUCGAGGUUACCUUGGAACCCCAGGAAAAUCCCUUUUGUAGCUCACUGCCCGCUCGAAUCCCGACCGGGUUUGCUUUCCGAAAGUUUAAGCGAAGAAACGUGGUCAUGUCGAACGAUUUUAUUUGCUGUGUCAAAUGGAACCAAUAAACCCGGGGUUUGAGCUUCGA